AUGAAGCUUGAAGAGCUGCCCGUCGAAGCGGUCGCUCGUAUCCUCUCAUUCCUCGACUGGAAAGAUCUCCUCGUCGUUUCGAAACUGUGCCGCUUCCUGCACGAGGUCUAUCAGAGCUUUCCAGAGCUCCAACUCCCUUAUGCAAUGCAGACGUACGGAAUGAUUGACACAGAUCCAACGCUCAGCAUGCAGUGCAAGCUAAGUGAAAUAGAGCGUCGAGAACGCGCUUGGCGAGAGUUGGACCCAUUGCACAAAGUCACAGUCAAGGUUCCCCACCGAACUUCAAACAUACGUGACUUGUCUGGCGGCGUCUAUCUCCUCGGAGACCGCAAGAACUCACUAGUCUCUCAUGAUACUAAAACGUUACGAUUCUUUGAUCUCUCAACUUGUACAACUGGUCCGACGACGAAUAUCGUGGAUGGUGGCUUUGGACUAUAUGAGUUCGACCUUGUCGCCGUGGUAGGAGUCACCCCUCCUCUCAAUGAAGAACAGGGUUCUAUCGUGCUCUCGUUCCGGGAACUGUCUACGGGUGCACCACAUCCUCUUGCGAAGCGCCCAGAUGUCUUUGUUGAUCCCGUUUAUGGACAUGAAGGCAAACUGUCGAUCAUGAUGGAGAUAGUCGGCCCCACGUCUUCUCUUGCUCCUGGCCUGACCGAGAUUGCUCCUCCGUCGACUUGGGAUGAUUUCGCCUUUCUAUCCCCGGCGCUUAUUCUACUCCCCAAUAAUGACCACACGCUUGAGAUCGUUCGUCUACCAGAUGUUUCAAAACCUUAUUGUUCGCCGCCGAUAGGAUUCGAAAGGGUGCUUAUCCUCGAACUCCCCGCCCUGCAACCUCUGGUCAGGAUUGACAAGAUUCGGUGUCGGUCAGAGCCUAAUCCAAAGGGUGCAAUGCAUCCACGGGCAGCGCAAAUCUGGUCCGAAAAUACAGAAUACACCAGAAGAAAGCGACGAUCACCUAUGUCACCCGACCCGAUGAAGACAAUUGUACUCCUGAGAUUUUACUACCGUGAAUACCCCAACGAGGGGCAAUAUAUUCAGAUGGGAGGAUGGGGUGUCCUCCGGCACAGCAUCUCACUCGUUCUACGUCGCCAGUUCUUGCUUGACAUCGCUAGAGAGCUCGAACGCAGUCCUGUUCUGACUGACGUUAUGAAAAAGUCCGAUAGAGGGAAGAAACCUUGCGCCCCGAGUUUGCCUUGGCGUCUGUGGAGCACAAAUGCUUGGUGGCAAGCCGCCGACAUGCAGCUACCACACAGAGUUAUGACAUCUGCAGGGCAAAGAUACCUCGGUCACGGUAUUGACGAGAAUGGCAACCUUGUUGUUAAGGACUUUAACCCGUAUACUGUUCGUCGGGCGCGUGCGGUGCAACGGCCUGGAUAUUGUGUGGCCGCUGAAGAACUGAUGGCCGGCACUGGCGAUGAAAGUGGACUUAAGGAAUGUUUGAGUAUAGAAUGGAUGAUGGAGAUAAUCAUGGACUCGGGAUGGAAUCUUUUGCGGAGGGCUGUACAAACCUGCUGGGGUCGUAUUGCACCGACAGAGAGGAAGCGGAUGCACGAAGCACCCACAGACGACUCGCUCUUCUACACUCCAGAUUCCUCGGACUCACCUCCAAGUUCGAACUCAGGAGAGGAUACAACGUGGCAGCGCGUCCGUAUCAUAGAGGAGUACGACGAAGUCGAAGAGGCCGAGCUUCGCCAACUAUUCAAUGAGAAAUGUAGCUCUCCUCUUCCGUGUGUUGAGUACGUGUCGAAGAAGUCAUAUGACUAUCAUGGGUUACUGAUGGACGAUGAGAGGAUUAUUGGAUUGAGGCACAAUGAACAUUGGUCUAUUGUCGAGUUCGACGUCUUCACAAUGUAA